GGAUGGUAACCUUUCAGAAAAUCUAAAAACUCCACUUCUAACUCAAGUUUAUCAUAGAAAAAAACAUCAUGUCAUCGACUCCAGUAUUCUACAAUAUUCCUGAAUGGAUAGAGGAAAAGAAGGACACAUUUUUACCACCUGUCUGUAACAGUAUGAUGCAUAAUCUUGGCCAGAUGAAAGCCUUUUAUGUCGGGGGACCAAACCAGAGGAAAGAUUACCACAUCGAAGAGGGAGAAGAGCUUUUCUACAUGUUGAAGGGUGACAUGUGCUUGAAAAUAGUCGAGCAGAACAAACACAGGGACAUCAUUAUUAAAGAGGGUGAGAUAUUCCUCUUGCCUGGUAUGAUUGCACACUCCCCCAACAGGGUAGCGGAUACACUGGGUCUGGUGAUAGAAAGGGAAAGACUGAAGGAACCAUUGGAACAAGAUGGACUUAGGUAUUACUAUGAAGAGAAUGGAAAGCCAACCUUGAAUUCUUUGUAUGAGAAAUGGUUCUACUGUGAUGACCUUGGAACACAAUUAGCACCAGUCAUCAAAGGGUUCUUUGCCUCUGAACAGUUCAAAACGGGCAAGCCUUUGCCAGGCACGAUACCAGAAAACCCUCCCAUUACUCUUGACUCAAAGAGGAAACUGACAGAUCCAUUCUCCCUUCAAGAAUGGAUAAAAGCAAAUAGGGAAAAGAUUGACUGUGAUGGCCACAAGAGUAUUUUUGGCCAUGAUUUCCAGUUUGAGGUUGAUAUUUAUGGUAAAGGAGAGAAUUCUGGCCAGUGUGAUACAGCCGAAAUAUGGAUUUGGCAGUUGGAGGGUUCAUCAUCAGUGUCUUCCUGUGGUAAGACAUACGACUUGAAGAAAGAUGACAGCCUGCUCAUUCCUGUUGGAGAAUGUUACACGGCAACGCGACCAGAAGGAAGUCUUGCCCUCAUCUGCUACCAGGAUCCAAGAAAGAAGGCACGGUCAUUCAAACACCUGAACUAACUGCUCAAAGUAAAUGAGAAUAAUGGCAGCUUUGACCUAUCGAGGACAUUUUUAGCAUUUCAGUUUUUGUGUAGCAGGUGGUUCACAGCUUAUAGCAAUGACAUUAUCAUUUGGUCGGGUCAGAAUAGAGACUUGUGGAACAUGGAACAAGGUUUAUUGAACCAUGAAAUUGAGUUGAUUUUAAAUAAUGUAAACUGUGUGUUUAGUUGGUCAAUUGCAGGUGGUCUAUCCACUAAUAUUUGGAGGCAGGAUUUGCUAUUAGUCUAUUUGGGAUAAGCCUCAAUGCAUGUGAUGCAUUUAUAGGUUCAUGAUUAUAUACAAUUGUUUUAACUUUUAAGUGUAUUCAGAACUUCUUGUAAGUGAUAUCUUAUAGAGGUGUAAGUCACUUAUGCCGUGGUCACACUGGGGUCUUAACACGAAUUGAAUUCGAAUUAAAACGUUGAUACGUAUUGGGGCGUCACACUCAAUUCGGUUCAUACCGAUCUCAAUCCGCUUUAACCAACACGGUUCUUAAACCGAAUUGAAUGCGAAUCAGCUAAUCCGAAUCAACGAAACCGUAUUGAGAUUUCAAGUGUGACGCGCUUGAUACGAAUUAAGGUUUUCGAUCGCACUGCGCAUGCGCCCGGCGCAUGGAAAGUGACCUUUGACCGCGGGAACUAGUGCUCCGAACUAGUUAACUGAUGUAUUUAAAUGAUCUCAUUAACUCAAAUCGUUUUUCGUUAUGCCAUAGAAUAGGGAAAAAUCAACUCCCUUGCACGUGACUUGCAUUUCCAUUUCCUGGCAAGGUAUGUUGCCGCCGGUUCGUUGGUCAAAGGUACGCUGGUCAGCAACAUCGUCGCGGCGGGGUUUUCCCCGGUUUUGGCCUCGUUUUCGAGGGCGAGGCCGGGAUUCUCCGCUAAUAGCGACGGUGGUGUUGACUCGCUGAGGACACUCCUCUUUGACCCGAACUUUGGCAAUAGGCAUGGCCGGGAGAUGGAAAUGGUGAAGCACCUUACGCGAUUUUAACUUGUUAAUAAUGACUGUGUGAUACUGUGAUAUUAUAUACUUAUAUGUUUUGUACUCGUAAAUUUUAUUCUCCCAUAUGGGAGGUUAAUAAAUAAUAAUAAUAAUAAUAAUAGAUGGCGCGUCGUUAGUAUGCAUUGAGUGUGGCGCGUUUUAAACCAAUUUGAAUGCGUAUUCGGGCCAGUGUGACGCGACCGUUCUGAAACUGGAUUAAUCAAUUCGUAUUCCGGAGAGCGCUCUACGGAAUUCGGUUUCAAUUCGCAUCCAGUGUGAACACACCAUUAGUGCCAAAAAUAUAUCGUUUCUAUAUUUUUGUUAGUGCUUAUAAAGUAUAUAUUCAGGUACGCUCUGGCACAACUGGCUCCCUUGCUGCAUGUGGCCAUAGUGUCAAUUCUGUAACGUUUUCUAAAUGUUGCUACAUGCUCAUAUCGUGUUUAUAAUAGGGAGAUGUAUCUGUUGAACACAUAAAUGUAUCAGUCAGGUACAGGGUUCCCAGUGAAA